GGAAAGAGAAUCAUUCUUUCCUUGAGCUUGAAAUUACUGUUCUCAGCUUUGGGUAUGUGAAGGGGAAGGGGUUUCUUAUAUCUUCUUCUUCAAAGCCUUACCCAUAUGUAAGCUUCAAGGUACUUCAUGUGUUGUAUGAUGUUAAUUUGAAACACUGGAAUCUUGUUUAAACAUGGAGGUCUUGUUGAAUUCUGGAUCUAGCUCAAUGACAAGGUCACUGGGGUUCCUGAUUUUUCUUAUUUUGUGGUCAUCUCUAGAAGUUGUGGGUGGGACUGGAACUAACAGUUCUUCCUCUAGCUCUACUUCAUCGAGGCCGAGUGUUGUUAAUAUUGGAGCUCUGUUAACAUUUAAUUCAGUCAUUGGAAGAGCAGCAAGGCCUGCAAUUGAAGCUGCAAUUAAUGACAUUAAUUCUGAUCCAAACAUUCUUAAGGGGACAAAGCUGAAUCUUAUUUUGCAUGACACUAAUUGCAGCGGAUUUCUUGGAACUGUGGAAGCUUUGCAGCUGAUGGAAAAUGACGUAGUUGCUGCAAUUGGUCCACAAUCAUCCGGAAUAGCUCAUGUCAUCUCUCAUGUUGUCAAUGAGCUUCAUGUUCCUCUUCUGUCAUUUGGAGCAACAGACCCCACUCUUUCUGCAUUGCAGUACCCUUAUUUCCUCCGCACAACACAAAGUGACUACUUCCAGAUGUAUGCAAUUGCUGAUUUGGUUGACUUUUAUGAAUGGAGGGAGGUCAUAGCUAUUUUUGUAGAUGAUGAUUAUGGAAGAAGUGGGAUUUCUGUAUUGGGAGAUGCAUUGGCAUUGAAGCGUGCCAAGAUUUCUUUCAAGGCUGGUUUCUCACCUGGAGCCUCCAACAGCACAAUUUAUGAGUUGUUAGUUGGAGUAAACCUGAUGGAAUCACGGGUUUAUGUUGUUCAUGUUAAUCCUGACUCUGGUCUAGAAGUCUUUUCUGUUGCUAAAUCUCUUGGUAUGAUGAGCACUGGCUAUGUUUGGAUUGCUACAGAUUGGCUUCCUUCGCACUUAGAUUCAAUGCAACCAGUUGACCCUGAUACAAUGAAUCUCUUACAAGGGGUUGUUGCUCUUCGUCAUUAUACCCCAGAUAGUUAUCUCAAAAAGAGUUUUAUGUCUAGGUGGAACAACUUAAAAUACAAUGAGACUGCUGGUCCUGAAGGUUUCAAUUCUUAUGCACUCUAUGCUUAUGACUCCAUUUGGUUGGCUGCCCGAGCACUUGAUGUUUUCUUCAAAGAAGGUGGGAAGUUGUCUUUCUCCAAUGACCCAAGUUUACAUGACACAAAUGACAGCACACUGCACUUAGCAUCUCUUCGUGUAUUUGAUGGAGGCCAGCAAUUUCUCCAAACAAUUCUUAGGAUGAACUUCACUGGAGUAAGUGGUCAGAUUCAAUUUGAUUCGGAUAAGAAUUUAGUUCAUCCAGCUUAUGACAUUCUUAAUUUUGGUGGAACUGGGUCACGUAGAAUUGGUUAUUGGUCAAAUUAUUCUCGCCUCUCAACUGUUAUCCCAGAGAUUUUAUAUACAAAACCUCCAAAUACAUCUGCCAGCAAUCAGAAUCUUUAUAGUGUAAUAUGGCCUGGUGAAACUGCAGCAAAACCUAGGGGAUGGGUAUUUCCAGACAAUGGAAAGCCACUGCGAAUUGCGGUGCCUAACAGAGUAGAUUUUAAAGAAUUUGUGCAGAAUGACAAGAAUCCCCCUGGUGUUAAAGGAUACUGUAUCGAUGUCUUUGAAGCUGCAGUGAACUUGCUACCAUAUCCUGUCCCGCACACGUAUAUGUUAUUUGGAAAUGGUGAAAGAAACCCAUCCUAUGAUGAUCUUGUGUAUCAGGUGGCCCAAAAUAAAUAUGAUGCAGCAAUUGGAGAUGUUACGAUUGUUACAAAUAGGACAAAGAUUGUUGAUUUUACUCAACCUUAUGUGGAAUCAGGUCUUGUUGUUGUUGCUCCUGUCAAAGAAGCAAAGUCUAGUCCUUGGGCUUUCCUAAAGCCAUUUACAAAGGAAAUGUGGUUUGUCACUGGUGCAUUCUUUCUUUUUGUGGGAGCUGUAGUGUGGAUUCUUGAGCAUCGCAUCAAUCAUGAAUUUCGUGGCCCUCCACGGCAACAACUGAUUACAAUCUUUUGGUUUAGCUUCUCGACAAUGUUUUUUUCACACAGAGAAAACACGGUGAGCACUUUGGGAAGGUUGGUGCUGAUCAUAUGGCUAUUUGUAGUUCUGAUAAUCAACUCAAGCUACACAGCUAGUUUGACAUCAAUCCUCACAGUACAGCAACUGACAUCAGGGAUUCAAGGGAUUGAUAGCUUGAUUUCAAGCACUGAUCCAAUUGGCGUUCAAGAUGGGUCAUUUGCAUGGAAGUAUCUGAUCAAUGAGCUCAACAUAGCUGAAUCUAGGCUUGUUACUCUGAAAAACCGGGAAGAGUACUUCAUUUACCUUCAAAAGGGACCAAAGGCUGGUGGGGUAGCUGCCAUUGUUGACGAGCUUGCUUACAUUGAACUCUUUUUGUCCAGCACCAAUUGUCAAUUCAGGACCGUAGGACAAGAAUUCACAAAAACCGGUUGGGGAUUUGCUUUUCAGCGGGACUCCCCUCUUGCAGUUGACUUAUCAACUGCCAUCCUUCAACUUUCAGAGAAUGGUGAGCUCCAAAAGAUCCAUGACAAAUGGCUGACUGUCAAUCAGUGCUCCCUGCAACUCAAUCCAGUUGAUGAAGACCAACUCUCUCUGAAGAGCUUUUGGGGCCUGUUCCUUAUUUGUGGCAUUGCCUGCGUCCUGGCUCUUACUGUGUUCUGCUGUAGAGUCCUUUGUCAGUACCGCAGAUUUAGCCCAGAAGAUGAAGACGGUGAGGCCGAGGAGAUUGAACCUGCCAAGUCUAGGGGCAGCAUUCGCUCAACUAGCUUCAAGGACUUGAUGGGUUUUGUAGAUAGGAAAGAAGCUGAGGUAAAGGACAGGAUUAAAAGAAAGCACAGUAAUAGCAAACAACAGGGUAGCCACAGCUCAGAUGGGCAGGCAAGUUAACAUGCUUAGAUCUCUUAAAUGUCCUUUCUUUUUUAUAUAUAUAUAAAACUCCCCAGAACUCUAUGCAUAUGCUUCUCCUUUCAUUCAAUCCCAAAAGAUGUGUAGAUAAAUUUGAUUUUCAAUAUUCACUCAAAUUUUUGUAGAAAAGGAGAAAGGGAAAAAAAACCAUGGUCAAUCAUGAACAAGUUUGUUGUACCAUAGAAUGAAAUUGUACCAGUUUGAAGGAAUUGAGCUUUCAAGUUGUAGAUGGUUUCUUGUGUAUUGAAUCUAGAUUGUUUUCUAAGUUCUUUUAUGGGAAAGGAUUUUCAUUU